AUGUCGAUUAACAACGAAGAGCUCACCCUUGCUGUCUAUGCAAUCAUCCAGCUCAUCCCAAAGAGGAAGGUCGUAACAUGUGGUCAAAUAGCCAAACUGCUGCAUAAACCCUCAGCAACUAGGCGCAUCAGAGAAGGCCCGUGGUAUCGCGUCGUUUCAACAUCCUGCAUUAUCUCCAACACCGGGGCGUGUGCUCAAUCCGACGCACUCGAGGCCGAGGGGGUAAAAAUCUACACUGGAUCCAGUGGAGAACUUCGCGUCCUUAUUGAAGAAUGCGGCUGGCUCCUGGAAGCGAGAUGCCUUGAAUAUGUAUGGUACUGUGUCCCGCAAAGCACUGUAGAGUGGGGCUCAUGA